UUGGUGAAACAGCGGGAGGAGUGAAUGAACUCAACGCGAGAGGUGCGAUGAUGCGCUGAAGUUUGUGCGCUUGGUUUUCCUCACAACAUUCAUAGAAGCAAGAGAAAAACGAAAUAUCAUUGGCAAAAUGUUUGAAGUUGUUCUUGAGGGUUGGUUUUGAUAUGGAAUUAUCGCUGAGAGUAUAAAUUCUUACUUUUGGAAUAAUUCUCACCGUCGUAGUUUCCGUCUUCAACGCAAAACAGCGCUGCUUACCACAGCUGAUAGAUGAAGUGAUACAGGUAUGUGAAUCUGUAUGAAUACCCAUCAUGCCUCUAAAGAACCUUCCUUUGUUGGAAGUCAUUGUUGCAGUACUGUCCCUAUUCAAUCACACAAGUGCAGCUGAAUUCCACAUCCGUGCCAAGAAAGGGGACAGCGCUGUGUUGACAUGCAGUCUUCCAGCCCUGGACGAUGGCAGCUCUGCCCGUCAGCACGUCAUAGAGUGGGUGCGUCAGGGUUAUGACAUCCCCAUCCUCAUCCAGUUUGGAGUGCACGAUCCUAGAGUGCAUCCCAACUAUGACGGUCGAGUGUCACUCAUCAGGGGAACAUCACUGCAAAUCGGGGGGCUUCUUUUGGAAGACGAAGGCUUGUAUGAGUGCCGAAUCCUCCCGUUAGACAAAACCACAGAUGAGACAGACAGCAACGGGAGCUGGACUCAACUCUCCGUUACAGCGCCUCCUGUGUUUACGGAGACCUCCCCUCCUGAAGUUGAAGUGUUUGCAGGGAGAUCAGUAACCCUGAAUUGUGCUGCCCAGGGAAAUCCACGACCUACAAUAACCUGGUCUAAAGAUGGACGACCAAUAAAUCCUCAAAACAAAGUAAAGAUUAUGAAUGGAAGUGUAUCUUUCCAUGCUGUAAGCAGAGAAACAUCAGGCCAGUAUGAGUGUCACGCCUCCAACACUGAAGGAAACGUGACUCACCUCACAAAACUCAAAGUCACUGGCCCUCCAGUGAUCGUAAUUCCUCCGACGGACACUGUUCUCAACAUGUCCCAGGAUGCCAAGUUGAAGUGCCAGGCUGAAGCUGACCCACCCAACAUGACCUACGUAUGGCAAAGACAAGGAGAAGACAUUUACCACAUCGAGUCUCUGAAGUCUCGUGUUAAGGUCAUAGUGGACGGUACACUUCUCAUAUCGCGGUUGACUCCAGAGGAUUCUGGGAAUUACACCUGCAUGCCAACUAAUGGCCUCCCUGUAUCCCCCACUGCCUCAGCCACCCUCACUGUGCAGCACCCAGCACAGGUGAUAAAUAUGCCCUCGCUGACCUUUCUACCCACUGGCAUGAGGAGCGUCAUUGCGUGCCCCGUCAGAGCCGAGCCACCAUUAUUACAUGUUGACUGGAUCAAAGACAACAAACCACUUGAUUUAGGCAUGUAUCCUGGAUGGACGCUGACUUCAGAAGGCUCUAUAAUCAUAGCAACAGCUAAUGACGAUGCUGCAGGUGUAUAUACCUGUACUCCCUAUAAUAGCUUUGGGACAAUGGGCCGGUCUCAGCCCACCACGGUUAUACUACAGGAUCCUCCAUCAUUAAAAGUAUCACCUCGUAAGGAGUACAGAAAGAACUUGGGCGAGAUGCUUGUUAUUCCAUGUCAGAUGGAUGGUUAUCCAGCUCCAAAAGUCAUCUGGAAAAAGGUUGGCACAGCCUCUCGCUCACUGUUCACUCUAGCAGCGAAUGGCUCCCUCAUUCUGCAUCCUCUCAGUAAAGACCACCAGGGGGAAUGGGAGUGCAGCUCCACCAACCGAGUGGCCACUGUAUCUGUCAGAACGAGUGUUCUUGUGCUGGGUACAAGUCCACAUGCAGUGUCAUCAGUAUCUGUGAUCCCAGGAAUUAACCAGGCCAAUGUCUCCUGGGUGGCUGGCUUUGAUGGAGGAUAUGCCCAGAAAUUCAAAGUCUGGUAUAAGCAGGUGUCAGCAGAAAGGAAAGGGGAAAAGCAAGGCUGGUUGUCUUUCUCAGACCUCUCCACUGAGAACAGUCUGUUGGUCACCAAUCUUCUUCCUGCCACUGAGUACCAGUUCCAAGUUGCAGCCCAAAAUAAAAUUGGCAUUGGGCCUUACAGUGAGAUCACCACCAUCAAAACUCUGGAUGCACUUCCUGUUGUGCCCAAGCUGGUACCACCUACAAAUCUUUCCCUUAAUAAGAGUUCAGAGGGAAUUCUUCUGUUUUGGUCAGUGCCCCAGUCCCAUUCUACACCCAUUGAUAGUUUUAUCAUACAGUCACGCCUUGAAGGAGGGGAAUGGAUUAAUCUGAAAGAGAAUAUUAGCCCUGUUGAGAGUCAAAUCUUUCUUCCAGGGUUAUGUAAGGACUGCAAGUAUGAACUGAGGCUUCUCUCUCGACAUGGAGAUCAGUUGAGCAUGCCCAGUCCAUCAAUCAGUGUCUCCACCAUCGGAAUAAAUAUGCACCCAGCCAGUUCCCGCCUCCUAGACUUUCCUGACCAGCUAAUGGCUGGUGUUAUGGGUGGAGUAGGACUCCUUUGUCUUGCUCUUAUCCUGACCCUGGCAAUAGUCUGUUUUAUUUUUCACAAAAGGAACCGAAGGCGCAGGCAGAAUAUCAAGGAUCUCCCUCCUGCAAUUAAUAAGAACCCUCCUGAAAACCCUGAGGACACCCUAAACCAAAGGCUCCUACCAGCUCGUCCACUCUCCUACACUUCCUCUUCUUCCAAUCACUCCUCCCUUGAAAAGUCUAGUCACAGUGAUCUUCCUGCCCAGCGGCAACAUCUCCUGCCUCAAGCCAACCCUCCAUCCCACCAUUCCCUCCCUGAGAGCCAUCUCCAGCAGGCAUCACUUGCCCCUGUGUCCUCUGUGGAGUUCAUCCACCGAGGCCCUGAUGGACGGUUUAUUGUUAAAGAGGCAAAUUGUGAAGAUGCCAAUACUGUCAGUUCUCAGAUCAAGAGAAAUCCAAGUCAAAACUCCUUUCGGUCAUCAGAUUGGAACCGGAGCUUCAGAAUCCAAAAAUCCCAGUCUUUGAGAUCCUACAGGGAUGACAAAAAAAAGCCACCUUUUGUACUUUCAGUGGAUCUUCCACCUUUCGGAUCAGAUAUCCCUUCUUCCAGCAGAACACGGGUUAUGGCUAAGCACCUCUCACUGAAUGGCCAUUACAUGCCCAUUCGGGAGCAAGAGUUCUUGGACGAACCAGACCAGACAAGCCUCUCAUCAGAAUGUAGUGGCUCCUUUCUUUAUCCCCAUUCAGAAAGUACUCUGGGUCAACAGUCCCUGAAACAAGGUACCAAACACUCUACAGCCAGUACCUUGGUUUUGCAGAUGGAACAUGAGAGGGAACAAGGAAACCUGAGUCGCUGUUUAACUUUAGCUCGUGAGAGAGAGGAGCUUGAAAGGGAACUGCGCAAGUACACCGUUGAUCCAUAUAGUCAUGAACAGACAGAUGAUGAGUAUGGAAAAGUCUGGAAUAUUCAAGAAACCUCAACUCCUCAGGGUAACUACCAAACUAUUAGACAAAGCCUUUUAUCUCAAAAUACCAGCAUGUUGAAGGGAAGAGCUGCCUCUUGCAUUCCGUGGGAAGAAAGACACAGGAUUUCUUCUGCAAGCUUGGUGCCCCUACAUACCUCUCAUGGAAAGGAUCCCAAGUAUAGGCAGAAUCAACAAGGUUACUAUACCAUCCAGAGAUCCAACUACCAAAGGUCCCGUAGUCUAGACAGAGGGGAACACCAAAAAUCACAAACAUGGGAUCGAAGACGAAGCAGAACUCCUGUUGAGUCAACUCUUGGUCGUGUAAGGGAUGAACCCUUAAUCUACAAAAUGGAAAAGACCCAAACUGAUGUAGGGCAUAGAGGCCAAAGGACUUCAAGCAGAAGUCAACAUUAUCUUGACCCAUGUAUUUAUUCAUUCUCAGACGGUCAGCAGAGGCGGACCAUAGAAAGAAGCACUAGACAGAUAAAUCCAACUAGUGACUAUUCAGAGAUGAGUGUAGAUGGACCUGAUCUCCAUAGCCGGUCUGCAUAUUCAAGGUCCAUGCUGAGUUCAGAUCACAGCUAUGAGACUCUAGAUUACGACAGACCCAGAUUAUCCGAUCUUGAAAAUGUCAGAUCAAGAGAGUCAGGACAUGCAAGUUUAAGGAACAAUUGGUCGAGCAAAACUGUGUCUCAGAUCAAUGUCUCCGGAACGAUGCCUCGGAAGACAAAGAGUUUGGGGUCAAACAUUUGGAAUCAGCACAAGAGCACCCAAAGUUUAGACUCAAAAUUAUACAAGGACCAGUUUUUGCCCCCUGAUGCCUGGAUAGAUUCGCUGACACUUGGUCGAGAUUCUACAAGGUCCCCCAGUGCACACAGACCCAGCUCUAUCGCAGAUAAAUCUAAAAGUAGUCUCAGUUUGCAAAGAGAUUCGUCUGUGCCUUUAAAAAUUCAAACACAAAAACCCGUUCAACAGGUAACUAAAUCAUCUGACCGCUCUACGAAUAACUCACGAUCCCACAAAAAACUAGUGUCGGGACAUAGCGCUCUUGCUGCCUUAUCAACAGGGGGUUCUAGCUGGCCUCGGCCUUAUUGCCCUUCUCUGCCAGCCUUGCCAUCUGGAAGACAGAGCCAAAGCCAGGAGGUUGAAAGACAGGAGGAAGACGAAGAUGGGCAGGAGGUGGAUGUAGAAAUUAACAGAUACAGGAAGGGUUCAGAGACAGAGGGAAGCUACAGAAGUUACGCAAGCCAAAGCAGUGGCAGAGGCAGCAUGGAUGCCCCUAACAGCAGGCAGUUAUCUCUCAGCCCCCCUCUCACCAGCUCUCCGGAGACCACAGAGGACAGUGACAGAGACGAAGCAGUUCUACAGGAGCCUGAACGGCAUGAAAGAAGAGGCUCUGUGGAUGAAAGUUAUGAGUGGGACUCACAUGCUUACGUCCCAAUGCAUCCUUUGGACCCCAAAGUUUCAAUGAUAAAGGCAGGUCUACAGAGUCAAGAGAAGAAGAUAAGCACUACUAAAGAUAAUAGGCCAGAUUUAGACCAGAAACAAAAAGGUCUUUACUCUCUGGCUGGUUUGAAGGGAUCUGUUCCGCUCUUUGAACUUCCCCAUUGUGAGCAAGAAUCCCUUAUUUCUCAGGAGAUUCAGAAGAGCUUCACGUCAUUCCCAGACCCAGAACCUGACACUGUGCUUUUCUGAUUAAGGACAGUAAGUACACCAUUCAUGCUGCCUGGAGUGUUUUCAUUUUAGCUCUUAUACACUUAAGUAGCAGGAAAUUGUUUUGAAACACUUAAGGUGAUUAGAUUUGUUUGACAAAAUGGCAGCCAAAUGUUAGCAUGUUCUCGAAUCUAGAUUGAACACAGCGUGGUUCCCAUCAACAACACAUCUGAAUGGCCAGCAUGGGAGGGAACACUGGGUGUCACAAUUAAUUAGUCAUCUAUGGACCACUCAAGCACAGUGCAACCUAAGAACACACUCUCCUUUGCCUAACUAAUGGAAAUUGCAUUAUCUGAUGGAUGGGCCGAAGCACAGUGAAGACAACUGCCAUUUAAAUAGCAACAUGUGCUGGAGUUGCAAAUCAAAGAGGGAAUAAAUAAUACAGGACAUUGCUCUCUGCACCCUGCUGUUGCUGAUGAAACUGAAUUUGAAAUAAAAAUUUUCAGGCUGUCUCAGUGAGCCCCCCUUUCAAAGGUGAUUUUCCAGAGUCUUUCGAUUGUUCUGUAAUUCCUAUUUUGACAGUAAGUGCACAUUGUAAUUUAGGAA